AUGGCCGCAACGCAGACUGGAGCCAAGGUACCGACAGUAGAAGACGGCAAGAACGUCUUCUUCCAGAACCUUGGUGUUGGUGGAUCCGAUAGGCUGCAAGCGGGCGAGUCGUGGCCUUACGACAACUUGCCCUCCCCGACAGCUUCACUCCUAGCCAUUGCAUCGAGGAAGGGCGUGUUGGUUGUUGGAACACCUACUGGUCUGGAUAUUUCGAGCACAGAAAAGACGCGCAGAAGCUAUAUCAAGCGGCGGACGGAGAAGCAAGAGCCAGUGCAGCCACUCGACGUAGAUGUCCACAUUGACAUUUCACGAGUGUCACAUGUUGCCUUUACUGCAGAUGAGGCAUGGCUGGUGGUUGCGUCCGAGGGAUGUGGGCGUCUAUCUGUAUACUCGACCGAUCACUUAGCCAACGGCGCUCGACCUGCGCAUGAGAUCGACAUCUCGGGAGAGAACGUGCGGCAUCUCUCCACCAAUCCCCAGGACGAACCAGUGUCAGGGCACCGGAACGUAUGCGCUGUCAUAACGGGCAAUGGCAGUCUGCUCUUCAUCAAGGUGUCUGAAAGCAACGAUAUCUACAGCAACUUUCAGGGCAACAAGGUCUUCUACAACAAUGUAGCCUCCGGGACGUGGUCGAAGAUGGGGAAGCAGUUUGUUGCUGGACUCUCUGACGGCACUGCUGUUCGCAUCGAUCCCCUGAACUCUUCCAAAGAAAACGUCGUCGAGACCAUCCCGAGAGCACCGCAACUGGACGGACCAGUCACAGACCCGGAUUACUCGAAUGUCACCGCAGUUGCUCUAACCGCCAUUUCCUGGCUCAAGACGAAGGGGGGUAUGUCGUACCUUUUCGUUUACAGUCCUGUCUAUGCACCAUAUUCGGACCCCGACGAUGCUGGCAACGACUCUCAAGAGUCCCUCUACUUUAUCGCAGAGCGCACACCAAACCAACAAAGUUAUACUUUCAGGCCCUUCGAACGAGCUCCGACAGACGACUUCGGCAUGAAGCGAAGGACUCCCGCAAGCCAAAAUAUCAUCCGCCUCAGCGACUGGCACAAGGCUGAAGAGAUUCUUGUCAUUGGAUCGACCGUCUGUGCCGAGCUAGGUAUGGUCACGGAAUUCAAGGAGGCAGUGCAUGAUGAUGCUCCAGCUGGCUAUGCGGGUUACUUCACCGACGACCAGCACAAAGUGAGCAUGCCAUAUAGUGAUGCGAACCUUACAGAUGGAUCUCCCGUCGGGCUGGCUCUCGAUCUUGGUACUACAGAGGUGGCUCCGGCGCCUGUCAAGGAUGACGAAGACAUUCUACCGCAUUCGAAACUCCCGUUACCGGCUCUGUAUGUCCUAGAUUUCAGCGGUAUUCUGUCAAUCUACUGGAUCGUGUAUGUCGAGGCAAUCCGUGCGAGUGUCUUCGCGCCCGGUAUCGUCCACAGAUCAGGGCGAUACGCCAAGUACCAGAAGAUCAAUCCCAGGGACACGAUUUCGACUGAAGAAUAUAAGGGAAUUAGUACUGCGUCCGGUCAAGAACCUGUGGAGACAGAGCCACUUGAUGCUACCUCACCGACCGAUGCACCUAGGUCCGGGUCUCCCUUUGCAGCGCUGCCUUCCAACUCGGCUCAAAGUACACCCUCUUCAGGCGCACCUGUAGCGAGUCAACCAACUGCAGCUUUUGGUCAGCCUUCACAACAGAGCACCUCGACGUUCGGACAGCCAAGCACGUCAGGGUUUGGACAAGCGACUACACCAGGAGGCUUCGGACAACCAAGCACGCCAGGAGGCUUUGGACAACCAGGUAAGCCAGCAUUCGGGCAGGCAAGCACACCGGGAGGAUUUGGCCAGCCAAGCAAGCCAGCAUUUGGACAAGCGAGCACACCUGGAGGCUUCGGGCAGCCAAGCGCGCCAGCGUUCGGGGGGACCAACACCAUGGGACAGACUAAGAGUCCCUGGGGACAGCCGGCAGCUUCACCAGCUGGCCAGUCGCCAUUUGGUGCGAAGCUAGCUGGUCCGUCACCAUUCGCAGCAGCAGCGGCAGGCAAGACUUCUGGCUUUGGGCAGCCUUCUACGCCCGGCCAGGCUGGAUCUGCAUCUGCAUUUGGCUCAGUUGGUCAGUUGGGCGCAAACAAGCCAAACCCGUUCGGCGGAAACGCGAGCGGUGGUACGAGCGCCUUUGCCAGCGUCGGCCAAAGUAUCGCAAGUCCCUUCUCGAAGCCUGCCUUAUUACAGGGCGGAUCGAAUUUGUCUGGCUUUGGCAAUCUAUCCUCGGCAGAGUCAGGCAACACCGUAAGUGGCUUCGGGUCAGGUUCGUCAUUCGCAUCGAGCUCUUUCAACAGCAAAGAAGCAGUCUCCAGGGAGUCGACCAUGAACGAAGGCACACAACAACAAAGCAGCGGUCUGUCCGGUAUGGGCGGCUUCAAGCUCGGUUCUGGCUUCAAGGGCGAUGGCUCAGCCAAGGACGAUCUGCCCAUGCCGAAGAACCCAGGCGCAGGUCUGUUCGGCUCCGACUUUGGCAACUCCCUCGGCGUGACUUCCGGUGAACGACCCUCGCCUUUCAUUAAGCAGGAGCCUGGUACUGGGACGCAGACGUCAAUGAAGGAUAUACCUGCUGCAUCAUCGAACGAUGCGCCUCUGCCGCCAGACCCUUCAACGUACAAGCCACCUAAAGGUUGGAAUGAUGACAUCCCUGGAGCUGGUGCGCCUGUCAACAUGAAGCCAUCCACAAACGACGCGCCGCUUCCCCAUGAUCCGACUACUCCAGCCAAUUGGAAUGCUGACAUUCCCGGCGCUGGUCCUGCUGUGAACGCCAAAACCCCCGAGAAGGACAUACCGAUAGCAGGCAGCCCGCCUGUGGAUGUCACCAACAGCCAGUCUUUCGGAGAUGCUUUGUCCGAGAUAGCUGGACCUUCCGAUGAGGACAGCGAGGACUGGGCAGAAGACGAUGACGACGGCGAAGGUGAUGAAGAUGAAGAGGAUGAUGAUGAGGACGAGGACGAGGACGAGGAUGACGACCAAGAAGAGGAGGAGGAAGAGGAAGAGAGUGAGGAAGAUGAAACUGCAGAUGAAGAGGUUCCAUACCAGCCGCAAAAUCCCGCAGGCCUUGCAGCGUUCAAGGCGCGCAUGCAACCACCAGGGCCAAAGUCGCCCGAGCCGCAGAGGUCGAGGAACGAAUCACGGACUCCUCAAUCGGACGAAAAGAGCAUGAAGAGUAGCUACACCCCGGCCGGUCUACCGAAAGGUCCAGUAUUUCCACCGCCGGCUGCAAAACCACAGCACAGCCCACGGUCUCCUAGCCCACAACGAGCAGUCACUAGUCCUGUCCGGCCUCGAGACCUACAACUUCCAGCUUCGAUCAAGGCGACUGCUGUACCGCCUGCAAAGCCUUUGGAACGACCUGCUCCUGCACCGAAGCCUCGGGAUCCAACUGUGGGAGAGCUCGCAGAUCAGGCCGCGCAGCGCGUAGAAGCGGAGCUUGCAAGGCCUGUCGAGCCGACCACUGAGCUGCCUCCCUUUUACGCCCACACCGACUACACGGGCAAUGUCGACACACCCGGCAUUGGUGGCCAAAUUGAGAAAGUUUACCGUGAUAUCAACUCCAUGGUGCAUACUGUGGGACUGAACGCGCGCUCGAUCAAUUCGUUCCUGGACGGUCAUGAGAAGAUGAGGCAGCCCGGAAAGCGCACACGGGACGACCUCGACAACCCAGACGCGUGGCUGCUGGGUGACGUUGCCGACCUCGGUCGCAUCAUUGACGAAAUCAACACACAACUCGAGAAUGGCAAGCUAGAGGGCGCUUCUGAGACGCUAGCAGAUAUCUCACAGGCGCAUAACGAAGUCUUGAAACUCAAAGCACAGUCCACGGAGAUCCGCAAGCAAGUACAGGCACACAAGGACCCCGAACGCCUUGCUGCACUAGACGCCGCACCACUGGACAUCGAGACAAAGGCUCAGCAAUCAGAACUUCGAUCAGGCGUGCAGCGUGUCCAGCAGCUGCUCGCUGACAUCGAACAGAAGAUGACCAUGCUUCGCGCCGAUCUCGCUUCACUUUCCCACAGGGACGGCCAGCCCAAUGGUCAGAGUCCUGUGCCAACUGUCGAGGCCGUCAUGAACACAAUCCGGAGAAUGACAGCAGCGGUGCAACAAAAGUCAGCCGACAUUGACUUCCUCGAAGCGCAAAUCAAACGCCUCCCCAACGGCAUCGAGUCCCUCCGCCUGGACGACAACUACGAAGACGACCUCGCAUCCCGUCUCGGCAAUAACCGACUCCUCGCCGACCGCGGUAGCCCAGCUGCAACGCCACCGCGAAGACCUCGCAUGGCCGCCAACGGCGACGCGCUCGGUAUGAGCGGCAUGUUCGGAACAAGCUCGAGAUUCGCAACCCCCCCUUCAGCUUCGAUGCGACAAUCGACGCGUUUCACGCCGGAUCUGGGGAGGAGUACGAAUAGCCUGAAUGGCAGUGCGAGGAAGAAGAUGAUGGAUGUGACGGCGGAGGAGGUUGAGGAGUUUCACGCGAAGGCGGCGAGGAGGCGGAAUGUGCUGGGUGCGUUGAAGAAGAGGGUUGAGACGAAUGGCGCGAGGGUGAUUCGAGCGGCCUAG